GCCUUUUGUGGUAUUGGGCAAGCGUUUGUGGACAAGUACCCUGAGACUGCCGGUGGAGUCCAGGCUGCAGCAGUAGCUCAAGCCCUGGUUGACUUCAAUGGAGAGAGGCGCAGAAACAACGCUCAGUUGCGUGUUAUACUUGAGAGAGCUGAUGCCAAUAAGGACGGUGUGUUCGACAUGGCUGACGUGUUAGCCGGCAAGCCAUACCCGGUCCAGAAUCUCGAUAUGUACAUACUUGGAAGUGCCUUUUUGGGAAACUACGCUGACGUCGGAGUGGACGCAGAGACCGUCGCUGCGGGACUAAAGACAUGCGAAACGCUGGCAUCUGACCCCAAUGUUAUCACCCACUUAACUGAAGACUCUCUCUUCGACAUGUUGGACGCAACUGGAGACGGUAUCUUCAACAAAGAAGAUCUACCUGUUAUUUUUUCUGAAUUUAUAGCACGUUAUGGAAGGGGACGACAGUAAGAAUACUGACCGGGCAGUCCCUCCUUCAGGCUUAAAUGCCAGUGAACGGAUGAUUUGAGAAUUUUGUGCAUUUCCUUCAUGGGACGGGGAUAGAAGAAAGGCGUACCUUUGAAAGAGAAAAACCUAAAUUAAAGCUUCUUUGAUAAAUGUUUUAAAAAUUUACAUUCUGUUUUGUUUUGUGAAAUUUUCAAAUCUAUCAAGAAUAAAGAGAGCAUGUAAAAAACUCAUGUUCUGGUUUUUAAAACAAAUCGUACAGCUAUUAAAAUCCCACCUUCAAAUUAAAGCACGUCAUGGUAU